UGUUUGAACAGGAAGGCGGACAUGUUUGUCGGGCAGACAGAGAAAUUCUGGUACUUUGUACACUUCAAGAAAUAAAUCGAUUUAAAUCUGCUUUCCCCCCUCUCAAAAACUUUAGGAACAAACAACCUUCCUAUUUCUACAUCCCUUGGACCUGGAAUACGAGGACUGAUCAUCGGUAGCAAACCAAACGAGAGUUUUAAUCGAGGCUGUGUUUUGAACUGAUCAGAAUUUUGCUGCUGAAGUUUUUUUUUUUUUUUUGCUCGUCAGUUCUACUUUUGCAGCUGUCAGACUCAUUUGUCGUUUUUUUUUUUUUCCUCAGGACUAUCAACCCAGAAAGAGGCCGAACAACGAGCAUUUUCAGGGAUUACCAAAUGUGUAUUUUUAAGAACAUUUUUAUAAUAUUAUGUGUGGGUCGGGUUUCAAAAUCAACAAUUUGAAACGGUGAAGACGCUGUUACUUGCAUUUUUUUUUUUUUUUUUGUUUUGUUCCUGAGGUUGUCAGUCAAACCAAAUUCUGAGGAACAGACCAACAUCAAGAAAAGGUGGACUGGUGCUUUUCUUAAGAUGUGGCAUCUGAUUAUCCAGGGUCUAAUUAAAGGGUGCACUGAACAACUGGCGGAUAAAGUGCUUAGGUAUAUGAAGUUUCUUUGAUUACACAGGUCGGCUGUUAACUGCUACAGCUUGGUCAACCACAUAGGAAGUAGAUUUUUUUUUAAAACUGCUGUAGAAGAAGUUGGCAGCGAACAUGUCUGCGGGAGAAAGUUUGGAGGCUCGGUUUGAAAAAAUCGAUUCCAUGCUAAAGGAUCCUAAAUCUGAAGUCAAUACAAAUUGUUUACUGGAUGGUUUGGAUGCUUUGGUUUACGACUUGGAUUUUCCCGCCUUGAGAAAAAACAAAAGUAUUGACAACUUCUUGAAUAGAUAUAAAGACACAAUUAGUAAAAUAAGAGAACUGCGCAUGAAGGCAGAAGAUUAUGAAGUGGUUAAAGUCAUUGGUAGAGGUGCCUUUGGUGAAGUUCAGUUGGUGAGACACAAAGCUACUAGAAAAGUGUACGCAAUGAAACUCCUCAGCAAAUUUGAGAUGAUCAAGAGGUCAGAUUCUGCAUUCUUCUGGGAAGAGAGAGACAUCAUGGCUUUUGCUAACAGUCCCCGGGUAGUUCAGCUGUUCUAUGCGUUUCAAGAUAGCCACUAUCUCUACAUGGUGAUGGAGUACAUGCCUGGGGGAGACCUUGUCAAUCUGAUGAGUAACUAUGACAUGCCUGAGAAGUGGGCCAGGUUUUACACUGCAGAAGUUGUCCUUGCGUUGGACGGAAUCCAUUCUAUGGGUUUUAUUCACAGAGAUGUGAAGCCAGAUAACAUGUUACUUGACAAAGCUGGGCACCUGAAACUAGCUGAUUUUGGUACAUGUAUGAAGAUGAAUAAGGAUGGUAUGGUACGAUGUGAUACGGCAGUGGGAACGCCUGACUACAUAUCUCCGGAGGUACUGAAAUCACAGGGUGGAGAUGGGUAUUACGGCAGGGAAUGUGACUGGUGGUCAGUUGGAGUCUUCUUAUAUGAAAUGCUCGUAGGUGACACUCCCUUCUAUGCAGACUCGCUGGUGGGAACAUACAGUAAAAUUAUGAACCACAAGAAUGCCCUGACUUUCCCAGACGACAGCGGUAUCUCGAAAGAUGCUAAAAACCUUAUCUGCGCCUUCCUGACUGACAGGGAGGUUCGGUUAGGCCGCAAUGGAGUUGAAGAAAUCAAGCAGCACCCGUUCUUUAAGAAUGAUCAGUGGACAUGGGAGAAUAUUAGAGAAACUGCAGCCCCUGUUGUGCCUGAGCUGAGCAGUGACAUUGACACUAGCAACUUUGAUGAUAUUGAGGAGGAUAAGGGCGACGAGGAAACCUUUCCAAUACCUAAAGCUUUUGUUGGCAACCAGCUACCUUUCGUAGGGUUUACAUACUACAGCAGUCAUCAAUUUGGUUCUGGCUCAGGGACAAGGACAAGUCACACAAUAAGCAGUUCUGACACCAUAGAUAAAAGUCAUCUUGACAAAUUGCAAAAAAGAGCAUAUCAACUGGAAGAGCAGCUCCACAAUGAAAUGCAGCUGAAGGACGAAAUGGAACAGAAGUGCAGGGCUUCCAGCACAAAACUGGAAAAGAUUAUGAAAGAGCUGGAUGACGAGGCAAACCAGAGAAAGGCUAUGGAGUCCACUGUAUCACUUCUUGAAAAGGACAAAAUGAUGGCACAGCACAGAGCCAAUGAAUGCCAAAGAAAGGCUGACCAGGAGGCUGAAAAAAGGCGAAAUGUAGAAAAUGAGGUAUCUACUUUAAAAGAGCAGCUGGAGGACAUGAGGAAAAUCAGCCAAAACUCCCAGAUUUCAAACGACAAGAUAAUACAGUUACAAAAGCAAUUGGAGGAAGCCAAUGAUUUGCUGAGGGUAGAAUCGGACACGGCUGUGAGGCUCCGAAAGAGCCAGACAGAGAUGUCCAAGUCAAUGAGCCAGUUGGAAACCGUCAACAGGGAACUGCAGGAAAGGAGCCGCACACUGGAGAACUCCAAACUCCAACUAGAGAAGGAACUGUUCCAGUUACAGGCAGCUCUGGAGUCGGAACAGAGGAAUUGGAGCCACGGGUCCGAAGAGAUCAGAGAACAGCAGGCACGGAUAAAUGAUUUACAAGAAGACAUCAAGAACUUCAAGAUCAUCCUUUCAAAAGUGGAAAUGGAGAAGAAACAGACACAAGAGAGAAGCAAUCAUUUGGAAAAGGAAAAGAACAACCUUGAAAUAGACCUGAACUACAAACUGACAACUUUGCAGCAGCAGCUAGAACAGGAGAUGAUGGAGCACAGGGUGACCAAGGCACAGCUAACGGACAAAUCAAUGGAAGAGGCAAAAUCGGCUGCAAUGCACGCGAUGGAGCAGAAAAUGUCGGAGGAAAGUUCUGCGCGGCUGAAAGCUCAGAACCGGGUGGUGGAGGUGGAGAAGCAGUGCUCCAUGCUGGAGUUUGACUUGAAGCAGUCAGUGCAGAAAAUAGAGCAGCUCAUGAAGCAGAAGGAAAGACUGGAAGAUGAGGUCCAGCACCUGAGCGCUCAGCUGGAUCAUGAGAAGAACAAGCGAGUGCAGACACAGAGCGAGCUGAAGUCAAGGGAGGUGGAAACGGACAAAGUCAAGGGUUCUGAGAAGCAGCUCAAACAGGAGAUUAACACUCUGCUGGAGGCCAAGAGAUCAUUAGAAUUCCAGUUGACACAGCUCACCAAACAAUAUCGAGGAAAUGAGGGGCAGAUGCGUGAACUACAGGAUCAGCUGGAAGCUGAACAAUAUUUUUCAACACUAUACAAGACUCAGGUCAAAGAGCUGAAGGAGGAAAUUGAAGAGAAGAAUAGGAAAAACCAAGAGAUCCAGAAGAAGUUGAACGAGCUAAAUAGUGAAAGAGACUCCCUCUCCACUCAGCUGGAUCUGACCAUUACGAAGGUAGAAUCAGAGCAGCUGGCCCGGGCGCUGCAGGAGGAGCAGUACUUCGAGCUCAGCCAGGAGAGCAAGAAGGCAGCAGCUCGGCAGAAGCACGAGAUCACCGAGAUGAACACCACCAUUGCCCUGCUUGAAGAGUCAAAUAAAACUUUGACGAAAGACGUUGAGAACCUCUCAAAGGAAAAAGCAGAGCUUGUUGAGAAGCUGAGGGAACAACAGGAAGGUUUCGCAGCCCGGAGUGAAGAGGAAAUAAAUGCCGUUAAAUCCCAUUACGAGAAGACCCUGAACACAGAGCGUACCCUCAAAACACAGGCGGUGAACAAACUGGCUGAGAUCUUGAAUCGCAAGGACAUGAAGCUGGACAGAAAGAAGGCCAGCACAGCGGACCUGCGGAAGAAGGAGAAGGAGAACAGGAAGUUGCAGUUGGACCUCAACCAGGAGAAGGAGAAGUUCAACCAAAUGGCUGUCAAAUACCAGAAAGAGCUGAACGAGAUGCAAGCGCAACUGGCAGAGGAAAGCACCUACCGCACAGAGCUUCAAAUGCAGUUAGACAGUAAAGAAAGUGACAUUGAACAGCUGCAGGAGAAACUGAAUGACCUACAGCUGAGAAUGGACACGUCCAGCGUAGCCAGUCUCCAACCGGACGAGAUUGAUGGGAACUUAGCAGAAUCGAGGCUGGAAGGAUGGCUGUCAAUACCUAACAGAACCAAUAUAAAAAGAUACGGUUGGAAGAAACAGUACGUAGUGGUGAGCAGUAAAAAGAUUCUGUUUUACAAUGAUGAACAGAAUAAAGAACAAUCAAACCCAUCUAUGGUACUUGACAUAGACAAAUUGUUCCACGUGCGGCCAGUCACACAAGGAGAUGUAUACAGGGCAGAAACUGAUGAAAUUCCCAGGAUAUUUCAGAUCCUGUACGCCAACGAAGGGGAAUGUAGGAAAGAAGCCGAUUUCGAAUCAGUACCUCCAGGUGAUAAAAACUGCUUGGCUCACAAGGGCCAUGAGUUUAUUCCCACGCUCUACCACUUCCCUUCAAACUGUGAGGCAUGUGCUAAGCCUCUGUGGCAUGUCUUCAAACCUCCUCCGGCACUGGAGUGCAGGCGCUGCCAUGUAAAGUGCCACAAAGAUCACUUGGACAAGAAUGAAGAAUUGAUUGCUCCUUGUAAAGUGAACUACGAUGUUACCUCAGCAAGGGAUAUGUUACUGCUGGCAUUGUCCCAGGAUGAGCAGAAGAAAUGGAUUGGUCACCUAGGGAAGAAGAUCCCCAAGACCCCACCAUCAACGUUUCUGCGGGCCUCCCCUCGGACCCUGUCCACUAGAUCUGUUGUAGCAAACAAGUCCUUCCGCCAGUCUGGUAAACCAAGCUAACUGUGUGCACCAUUGGACUUUUUUU